UAGAAAGCUUGCGUAAUUGUAAACAAAAAACAAAUUAAGCACGGCUGUGAUAAGACUUACUCAGUUACGCUAUCAUAGGAAAAAGAGAACGUUGUACAGACUAGAAAAAUCAAUUCGCAUUGCCAGUAAAUAUGGAUGAUAGUGAAGAUGUUACACUGGAACAUGGGAUCCAGGUUGGUACAGCCCUUGAUCACUUUGUGGAAGUGGACGAAGUAAAACAACUUAUAAAAAACAUUCCUUUGAUCGUGAACGAUCAAGCCAAGCAUGAAAUGUCGGAUGAAAAAUUUACGGAGAUUGUUGACAAGUAUCUGGAGCAACCUCAUUUGUUAGACCCUCAUCUGCUAGGCUUGCUUGAGCAGUUGAUAGCAUUUAUUCAACCUUUAGAUGUUCCUUUAAACCAAAAGCACUGUGCGUUUAAAUAUUUGUAUCUGUUGACAAAAGUAAGAGGUCACAAAAUUAUGGUUCGUUAUUUUCCCCAUGAAGUACAACAUUUGGAACCUAUCCUUAAACUGCUGUAUGAGCAGAAGUAUAAUGAUUUGAAUACUUGGGAAACCAGGUACAUGCUUCUACUUUGGCUGUCAAUGAUUUGUCUUAUACCAUUUGACAUGGUAAGGUUUGAUUUGCCGCAUACAGGAGAUGCAUCACACUCCCAAACUUCUGUUACGCAGAGAAUUAUGGAUAUAGGGAAGUUGUAUUUAAUUACAUCAUCAGACAACUGCCAAGAAGCUGCUGCUUUACUUUUGUCCAAAUUUUUGACACGUCCAGAUGUAAUGAAAACACAUUUGAAGCCAUUUUUUGAGUGGUGCAUUGAUAAAAUUACAAAUUCGGAUGCUCAAGCUAUGCAUGGAGUUACUCAAAUAAAGGGAUGUCUUUUUGCACUUGCUCUUGUUUUUAAGCAAGGAAAGAGAGACGACGUCCUUCCUUUUUGUACUGAGGUAUUAGAUGAAAUACAAAGAACAGAAAUACUUUCUGUGAAGAAUACUGUGCUUAGAAAAUUGGUGAUAAAAUUGACACAACGUUUAGGUAUGACAUUGCUUAAGCCUCGUCUUGCUAGCUGGCGAUAUCAACGUGGAAAUCGUUCUCUGGAUGAAACAUUGAAAAAAAAUGAUUCAACUCCUAGCGAGACUGUUACAAUAUGUGAUGCUUCAGAUGAGGAUGAUGAAUAUGAUGUUCCUGAAGAAGUUGAAACUGUGAUUGAAGUUGUUUUGAAUGGAUUAAAGGAUAAAGACACAGUGGUUCGGUGGUCAUCAGCCAAAGGUGUUGGUAGAAUCACUGGUAGAUUGCCAAAGGAAUUGGCAGAUGAAGUGGUACAGUCUGUGCUUGAGAAUUUUACAAUUUCAAAUUCUGAUGGGGCAUGGCAUGGCGGGUGUCUCGCAUUGGCUGAGCUUGGUAGAAGGGGUUUGCUUCUACCUACACGUUUGAAGGAUGUAGUUCCUAUUUUACUUCGUUCUUUAACCUAUGAUGAGCGACGAGGGGCAAGCAGUGUCGGCGCACAUGUUCGAGAUGCUGCAUGUUAUCUUGCAUGGUCGUUUGCAAGAGCUUACGAACCACAAGAAUUAUCCGCUCAUGUCAAUGACAUCGCACAGACCUUGCUAGUGACCACUGUGUUUGAUCGUGAAGUUAACUGCAGAAGAGCGGCUUCUGCGGCUUUUCAAGAAAACGUUGGCAGGCAAGGGUACUUCCCGCAUGGUAUUAAAAUUCUAACAAUGGCUGAUUAUUUUGCUGUUAGCAAUCGUAACAACACCUAUCUCAAAAUUGGUCCUUUUAUUGGUCAGUAUAAAACAUACACUAAAGCUCUAAUUGAACACUUGACCAAACAAAAACGUGAUCACUGGGACAGCAACAUACGUUGGUUAGCAGCGCAAUCAAUGCAUAAGUUAACCAAAUCAAAACCAGACUACGUUGCAGCUACUGUACUGCCAGAAUUGGUUCCUCUCUGUACAGGCAUGGACUUGAUUACAAGACAUGGUAGCAUAUUAAUCGUUGCUGAAGUAAUUCAUUCCCUGCAUGAGAUAGAAGAAGCUGGUUCAACUGGUCUGUUAUCUAGAAAUCCAAUGGUAAAGAAAUGUUUCCGAAUUGUGCAAAGUUUAUCCGAGGCAAAGUUGUUUCGUGGCUUUGGUGGUGAGCUAAUGCGUGUGGCCGCUUGUCACUUGAUUGCUCGCCUGUCACAGUGUACAGCAACAGUUACAAUUCCACGUCUAACUAAUGAUGGUUGGUUGGAACUUAUACAUGAAACAUUAUCCAACCUUCACACUUACACAAACACUGAAGAAAUUUGCACAACAGCGAUCAGUGCUUUAUCAGCUAUCAACCAAAUAACUCUCAUCCCAGCUCCAUUUGCAAACCUGUCGACCAACAAUGAAUCCAUGGAGGGUGCCGUUGAUCAGUAUCUCAGCCAUCUAAGAAGCACAUCCGAGCGACAGAGAUGUGGUUAUGCUCAAGCAAUAGCGUCUUUACCCAAGCCAGUACUUCAAACAUGUUUCAUGAAAGUUUGCCAUAAUUUAAUCCGCGCUUCUCAAAUAACGGAUAAAUUUGAGACUUCUUUUGCGGAGUCUCGUAAAGAAGCUGUUAACGCAUUGUCUCGAGUUUGCCAAAGUGUUGGAAUCAACAAUAUCAUGGACGCGGGCAUCUGUAAAGACAACAUCAAUACAAUCUAUGACGCAAUAUUUUUUGCAUUGGAGGACUAUACAAGAGACCACAGAGGUGACAUAGGGUCAGUUGUUCGUUUGGCUGGAGUAAAGGCAUUACAAGUCAUAACACAACUCAUAGCAAAAGAGGAUAAAGACCUGUUGUGCUCAAAAUUGAUGCUGAAAAUAAUGUGCUGCAUUCUUCAACAAGCGUGUGAAAAAAUUCACAAAGUCCGUGAUAUUGCUGCUGCUACGUUACUCAGUGUAAUAUAUGAUGAUAAUAUUCCUAAUAUACCAGUCAGAGAACAACUACGCAAGGUGUUUGAUACAAGAAACCCAACAUUUACAAUGAUUGAUUUGUUCUGCAGGUUAAUAAAGCUAUUAAAACUACCUGAAUAUGCAUACCACAUCACAUUGGGCUUUGUAAUUUCAGUUGGAGACCUGACACAAUCCUUGGCAGAAGCUAGUGGGAGUGCUUUAUUUGCAUACAUUGAAACCAUUAGUAAAAACCCUGAAGAGUUGUUAAAUUUUUGCUCCAACUUGUUAAAAGUAUUCGAAAACUAUUCUAAACAGGAUAGAGUGUCUGUACCUCUAUUGAAAACACUGCACCAGUUGUUGGUCCAAGAUGGUCUUGAAAUUCUGUUUAAGGGUGAACAUUGUAAAUUAGAUGAUGAAGGAAUACAAAGGAAGCUGUUCUCUUUGGUCAAAUCGGAAAUAACCAAAAGCAAAGACCCUCAGAAAAUUAUGUUGGGGGUUCAAGUCUACUGUGGGCUACUUCAGUUCUCAGAUCCUGUUUUACACAAAUCUGUGUUGAGUCAGUUGAUGAUCAUGUUGUGUCAAAAGUUCCCUAUAGUUCGGCGCACUACCGCAACUCAACUUUAUGAAGUGAUUCUUACUUUUGAUGAUAUCCUUGAUCAACCUGAGCACCUUGAUGACGUAAUGGAAAGCCUAAGUGAAGUUGAGUGGGAUCAAACAGUAGAAGAGCUCAGACCUAUCCGUAAUAAGUUAUGUGCUUAUUUUGGAGUUAAAGUACCGCAAAUGAUAAAGAAAACAAAAACAUCCGAUGCAUAAGAUGUUUGUUUAAUUAUCCACUCGCUCGCUUCUGUAGUAACGCUGUAUUCAUUUAGGCCUUAUGAGUGUUGUUUUGUACUAGUAAUUGGUACAUGUUUUAAUUACAAAUUGAAACAAAGAUAAUUGCAUUACUGUGAUAUGUGUUGCUUUGCUAGUACUUUUUUUUGCUAUCUAUUUUUGCAGUUUUGACCAAAAAUUGUAUUGGAUUUUUUAGUUUUGAUGAAGUGUGAUCAGUAAAAGCGUAUAUAUGUAUUUUGAAAAGAAAUUAUUUAAAACUGAUGUAAAAAUUUUCUCUCCAAUAUGUAUUGUUUAGAAUUUAGAAUUAUCAGUAAUUCAGUACCAAAUAAUUUGCAAUCUGAACGGUCUUAAAUUUCUGCUUCGCUACCCUACAGUGAUAUUAAAUUAGAAAAUUUCAAGACGAACAUAAAAUUUAUUCAAGUCUGUUAAAAAUAACACGAUUACAGUUUAAUAAAUGAUUUGUAAAAAUGGGCCAAUUUGGCCUGAACCUUACAUCAUAUAACAUAACUUGUGUUAGGACCUUUCGUCUUACCCAUGUAGAAUGAGAUUUUAAACCACUGACAGUUUUAGAACUUUCUCAC